UGAAUCAAUGUUGUGUCAACUAGAAGCACAGGUUUUAGAACCAACAAGCGUUACGCUAUUUUGCUUGAAUUCUUAGGUGAUCUUUGCCUUAAAGUAGGGUUUUGUUUGUCGGUGAUUCCAUUUAGCAGUGCUAUUAAUGUAAUUUCUACAAGAAAUGCUGCGCUGGUAUAAACAAGUCUCUGGCGAAAGGCAAUCGAAUACUUCGACUGCGUUUAAAUUACUUGGCUAGGUCAGAGCACAGGGACUGCUUUGAGCUUAAUCCGUUUUACAUGUAUUAAAAUAAUUUUUAGUUCGUGUUUAUCAAAAGUGCGUUCUGAAGCAGUUCAAUUUAGCCAUAAACGCCUGUAUUCUGUAUUUAAUAUAGCUCGUACUGCAUAUGCUAACCGUUACGUACUCAUCAUAUGGAAACAUUUAUUCGAAAGCAUCGCACUUUUAAAACCACGGUUUUAAUAAAACUCAUGUAUGUAAAACUUGGCUGUUUUACAAGAAAGUGCACUGUCGUUCGGAAAGUGUUUGACAGUCACAUGAGAAAGCAAACUAUUUUACAACUAAAAAGCGUUAAUAAUUGCUUUUAAAAGUGAUCUUUGCUUUGUAAGUAGAAAUGCUGCGCUAAUAAAAAGUUUCUAGAAUAUUCAGGUACACAUGCGAUCGGAUACUUCGAGCCACGCUGUAUUUUGGCAAGUCCGUACACAAUGAACCGUUCAAAAAGAUUUAUAUGUUUUUCUUUGAUUAUUGAACUGUCUUUUCUACACUAAUUCAAUUCAUCCAUGAGCUCGCUCCUAGGAGCCUUUGAUUAAUAUUCAUUUUAUCUAAUGGGAAAGAUGACUUUCAUGUCAGGUUUAUCCGUAAGAAGUAUUUCUCACAGUUUUUAUCUGGUCUUUCCCUAUUACUAACCUGAAUCUGACGUUUGCCAUAAACAUGAUUCUUAAUCUCUCUAAUAACAACGUUAACAUCUUGAGACUAACGAUAUUAGACUAACCUAUCAGAAUGUUAACUUUAAUAAAUGUGUACUACUAUUACUGUAGUUAUAGUCAGCUCACUGGCUUUGCACAAAGCACUUUGCCAGGACCCGUUCUAAGUUUAAAAAACUUCUUAGAGAGGUAUCCACCUAAUUAGAGAAUAAAUAGAGAAUCAACGAGAAUGACUGAAGAAAAACCUGCCUCCCAGUGAUGAGGAAACUCUUCACAUCAGUUUUGGGUGAAGAGCUCUAUACGCAUCUUCAGACUUGCCAACCCCCAAAAGGCAAAAAAUGUGAGAUUCUGAAAGCUGGGAAAAGUAGUGAGAAAUGAGUAAAAAUCUAGUGAGAUGUCCCAAUUUUCCAAGUGGAAGGACUUCCAGCGGGGAUUAUGGGUAUUGCAAGGCACAUAUCUCUUUAAAGCUGGAGCUGUAAACAUCACGAUCAAUUUUACGAUUUAGGAUUCGUAAUUUCUAUGUUUUGUUGGCGGCCAUCUUGAGACAUGAGAAACAGAAUGUCUGUGCAUUUGGUGGCAGCGGUAAGUCGCGGUAGGCUAAAAGAAUGUAAUCAAACACGAUCGCUAAAGGUUCUUCUUAUUAAGCUGGCUAUUUAUCGAUAUCUAACUCGGAAACGAACCCUACAGCUCCAAACUGUUUUUCGAGUUUGACUUUUCGGGAAAGCGUGAGAAAUCAGUUGCCAACUCGUGAGAGAGCAAAAAGGUUGUCGGCGAAACUCCAGAAGGCAGGGCUUAGCAACUUUAGCUUUCCGAUUUAGGAGGUGUCCAUGUUAACUCGUGACGUCUGCUGACGGAGAGCUCACCCAAAUGCAGUAAUAUCUUAGAGUAGUAUGCUAUGCAUUCCCGAUUCAACUCCAUCUCCUCAAUUUAUGCUAAGUAAGGUUUUGUCGCCUAAGGUCAGGCUUAAACUGAACUUUUCUUCUCGUUUUAGUUGCUUCUGCAGAUCGCCGAUGACUUCAUCGAGAGUGUGGUAACGGCAUCAUGUCAGAUUGCCAAACAUCGGAAGUCCAACACACUGGAAGUGCGGGAUGUUCAAUUACACCUUGGUUAGUCUGCAGUCUAUCGUUAAAAUUUGUUUGUAAAGAAUGCAAGCUUUGGAAAUGGUAGAUAAAAUGGUCACUCGACAAAGUUUUCGACAAUCAUUUUGUUUGACAUUUUUUCCAAACAUUUUUGACAACUUUUAGGGGUUUUAAUGAAGAGCCGAUCACAAUUUUAGCGGGAAGUCAUUCAUUUGAAAGGGUUUGCUCCUCUGAAACUGGAAAACUGUGCCUCGAUUUGAUUGGUUCUUUAUUACAAAAAACCCAUCAAAUUUCUCAAAAAUUUGUGUAGAACAGUUCAAACACAUUGUCGGGUAGCAAACGGUCGCGUGACCCUUUACUGCACAAUUUUGGCCAGACAGCCCAGUAUCUUUUUGGCAAUGAGAUCAGAGGCAGGUAUUAUUGAACUGUAGUAUCAGUUUGUUAAACUGCACCAAAGUAAUAAUUAGCAAUUAUUACACUGAAAUUACCCUUUAAAGUUUGCAUUUAUACAGUGACAGCCACAAUCCAUGAGUGGUGCAUUGUGCAUUUUGAGUAUACAGCAAUUUUCAAAUGAGUGUAGAAACUGAAUGCCUGAUUAUUUUUGCCAAGUUACAGUUUGUGAGAUUGGCUGUCAAUCUCGCGCUUUUUUCUCAGCCAAUCAGAGGUCCAAAACCGAAACUGAUGUCAUGGUGACUUGUUCACCUGCUUUUUCCCGCGCUUCCCAUUGUUUACAUUUGUUUGCUUCGAGAUAUGAUUGGUUCUAUGUGUGAUGUGAUUGGCUAGAUGGAAUUACUAUGUUUUUGGUUUGUACGAAGUAGGUUUUACCCCAAUACGACGCUUAUUUCUGUGAUUCGCUCGGUAUUUCUGUGUUUAUACAGAAAGAUGCUGGAACAUGUGGAUUCCAGGAUUUGGUAGUGAUGAACUGCGACCUUUCAAGAAACAAGCCACAACAGAGGCUCAUAAACAGGUUAGUAAGAGGAAAAUUUAUGUCACUGUAUCGUGUCUGGAAAAAGCAAACCUUUCUUCCGCUCUCACGUUAGCGAUUCUCUCUCCAUUCGUAAUGUAAUUAAAAAAAUGAAUGUGUAGUGUAAUUCCAGAGCUUUAAUUGGCCUUGUGGCCCUUGUNAUUUGGUAGUGAUGAACUGCGACCUUUCAAGAAACAAGCCACAACAGAGGCUCAUAAACAGGUUAGUAAGAGGAAAAUUUAUGUCACUGUAUCGUGUCUGGAAAAAGCAAACCUUUCUUCCGCUCUCACGUUAGCGAUUCUCUCUCCAUUCGUAAUGUAAUUAAAAAAAUGAAUGUGUAGUGUAAUUCCAGAGCUUUAAUUGGCCUUGUGGCCCUUGUAUCUGAACCAUUAGACCGUGUGCGAAAAAAAAAUCGGCCAUUUAAUCGUAAUCUGGUUGUUCUUACAAAUGUUGAAAUAACCAUACCGUACUAAGACCCUGUUUACAUGGAGUGGGGGACCCCGGUCUAGUGGUAAGUUUCUUUUGUUUUGUGUCCUCCAGAGCGUGAAAACAAAAGAAACCAACCCCACUAGACCGGGGUCCCCCACUCCAUGUAAACAGGCCCUAAAUGCACUUGGGGUUUUUCGGAUAUGUGAUGAGUAUUAUCAAGUCGACACUUCGCACGACUCGGCGGCCGUUGGUGAAAUAAUGACUUCUUUAAUUUUUGGAAAUGCCGUUGGCGUGCACUGGAUUGAAGUCGUUUUUUUGGUAUUAUUAAUGUUUUAGUCAUUUACUUGUGAUGCUAAAAAAUUAAAUAAUAAUAUUCUCGCUAUUUUAGAAUAUUUAUAAUUGUUCUUUAACCGUAGCGUCAUUUUAAAUGAUUUUGCCCGAGCUCAUUUCACAGGUUGCUUUGUUUGUUUUUUGUUGCAGAGGAUGGCAUUAAUUCGAAAGUCCAUGAAAAAGUAACCCACUGAGAGAGAACUAUGUAGAGGAGAUGCUGAAAUUUAUUGUAUAAAAUGAACUGUUAUUUAUGGUUAAUGGACCAUAUGGCGAAAAAUGGUGUCAAUUUGUCGCGUCUCAUUGAAAAAAUUUAUACCCACGCGGCUACAACAUUGAAGACAGAAAUAACAACAAGAUGUCUUUUUGUAGAAUUUUUCAAAUCUAACGCAAUUUAUUUAUGUAGGCUAGCUGUUUUUCUUUUUUUACGUCUUUUACUGUUUAUAUUGAAGCUGGAACUGAUAGUUUCUUUCACGGACAGUUAGUCAUGCAUGUUAAUUCUACUGCUAAGUAGUCGUCAUGCUUCCUCAAAAUCGGUUUUACAAAGAGCAAAGCGCUGGCGUGAGAUUCUCGCGCGAAGCCUGCAAGCCUCACACCGCGUACGUGCGAGUGCGAGACAGUCUCGCUCUCCUUUUACACCCUCGCCCCAGACCGUUCGUUUGACUGCUCGCACACAUCGCACGUUUUUAACCUUUGCAAAAAUACGUUUUUUCAAUUUAAGGGCAUGUGAGGAGAUACAGGUUUCGCUUAACUAGCAGACGACUCCUUUUUCGCAGUCAUGUCUUAACUUCUGGGGUUUAUAAAGGUUGAAAAUCUUUUAAAAAUGAAGUAAAAUCGUGGAUUUCAGUUAUUACUGAAAUUGGGUAACACGAGUCCUUCAUUCACUGAUCUGAGCCAGUCAGAAAUAAAAUUCGUCCUUGCUUCUGCAUUUCGUUGCGAUGUGAUUGGUGAAAAAAAUCUCGCACCACUUUAUUAACAUGACUGCGUCCCUGCGAACAGACUUGAAAUUGUUUCAUAAGCAACAGUUUCAAAGUUCAUGUUCUAAGACGAUAAUUUUUAUAUGAAAACUUGCUUUUCUUUGCUAUUGAUAUUCUCAUCGGGAAGCCCGUAAUUACUUUGGUUUUGAUAUCACGACACUUGAUUGAAACGUUUUGGUUAUGUGUUGAAACUUAUGACAAUCCUUUAUAGAAACAAUCAUGUAUGGCCUUUCGAGAAGUGUGUGGUAUAUACAGUGUGUGGAAGGUCAACCUUUACCUGUAAAUUUAGAAUAAACACUACGUUUCCACC